AUAAAAUAUCAGGGCGUUCUGCGCCCUAAGGCCGGUGCCACCUAGUCCCGGAGCAACUCGCAACACUUGCCACAGCACACUUGCCUAAGACCUCGAGCUCAUAUCCGAUAGGUUGAAAGUAUGGGCGGUCGGAUUAUCCAGGUGAAGAGCGCGGAGGAGUGGACAAGCCAUAUGCGUGAAUGCCGCGCAUUCGGAGGCAAAUCCUAUCUCGUGGACUUCACGGCAUCGUGGUGCGGAGCCUGCCAAAAAAUCGCCCCGCUCUAUGAGAAGUACAGCGCCGAGAACCCCAACAUCACAUUCCUGAAGGUGGACGUCGACGAACUGGCGGAUGUGGCGGGCGAGUGCGGCGUCAAGGCCAUGCCCACCUUCAUCGGCUACUUCAACGGCGAGCAGGUGGACACAGUGGUGGGCGCCGACGACGCCAAGCUGCGUGAGCUCAUCGCCACGCUCAAUACCAAGGGCGGCGCUGGCGCGGGCCAGAAGCUGGGCGGCGCUGCCGCCGCGCCGGAUGACUCGCCAGAGGCGCGGCGCGCGCGCAUGCUCGCUGCUAUUGAGGCUCGCAAUAAGCCCGCGUCGUAGGCAAUUUAGGCAACAUGGCCAGGCUAAUGUCGGACAGAAGACAUGGGUGUGUGAUGGGACAGGGUCGGGUGCACCCUAGCAGACAGGGCUCCAUGCGCUUGCCUGUGACGGUGUGUGUUGCGGGGCGCAGGUAUGAUGUGUGCGUCAGUUGAUUCAGGAUGUAGCCCGGCCCAUGUUUGUGGUGCGCUGACAGUUCAUGAAGAUGCUUUGAUGCAGCGAGGUCAAAUGGAGUGAAGGUAUAUGGGACAUGAAAAAGGCAAAGCAAGUGCCUAAUGUAGUGAAGGUGUCGGAGAUGGCUGCAGUCAUAGUUGCUGUGCGGUCGCAGGUACCAAAU